AUGUCAGCAUUACCUACAUCAGAUCCAUCUAUGGGAUGUCACUGCCAAUAUCCCAUAGGAUUGGUUAUCUUUCUUGUAUUCACCAUCAUUUCUCUACUUCUCUGCAUUUGUGUAUGCUGCUUUGAUGUAACAAAAUGUCCAAUAUUCAAGAGGAAGGAAACGCAGUGUGUCAGCAGAAAAUGCUCUUCCUUCGAUCCACGUCUGUUCGAUACUUCCAAGUUCAUUGUAGAUCGAAAAAUAUCUUUGGAUCCUCGAUUAUUGGAAUAUAGCCAACUUGUCAACAGCAGCACCUCAUCUUCAACACAAUCUCGCUCAGUUGAUAUACCCUACUAUGGAAUGGACAGUGCUUAUGUCACUACUGUAUAA